AUGGCUGUUAAAAAUAAUUCCCAGAUUUACUCGGAAAAAUUCAAAGAAAUACGUAGCAAAGUCAAUUCAGAACUAACUAAAGCUAAAACAGCAUUUUUCUGUAACAAAUUUGGGAGGUUCCUGACGCUGAGGACAAGGUUCCUGACGCUGAGGACAAGGUUCUUGACGCUGAGGACAAGGUUUCUAAUGCUGAGAACAAGGUUCCAGACGCUGAGGACAAGGUUCCUGACGGCUGAGAACAAGGUUCCAGACGCUGAGGACAAGGUUCCUGACGCUGAGGACAAGGAUGACGCUGAGGACAAGGUUCUUGACGCUGAGGACAAGGUUUCUAACGCUGAGGACAAGGUUCCUGACGCUGAGGACAAGGUUCCUGACGCUGAGGACAAGGUUCCUUGACGCUGAGGACAAGGUUCUUGACGCUGAGAACAAGGUUUCUAACGCUGAGGAAAAGUUUCUGACGCUGAGGACAAGGCUCCUGACGCUGAGGAGAAGGUUCCUAACGCGAGGACAAGGUUCCAGACGGUGAGGAGAAGGUUCCUGACGCUGAGGACAAGGUUCCUGACGCUGAGGACAAGGUUCUUGACGCUGAGGACAAGGUUUCUAAUGCUGAGAACAAGGUUCCAGACGCUGAGGACAAGGUUCCUGACGCUGAGGACAAGGUUCCUGACGCUGAGGACAAGGUUCUUGACGCUGAGGACAAGGCUCUUGACGCUGAGGAGAAGGUUCCUGACGCUGAGGAGAAGGUUCCUAACGCGAGGACAAGGUUCCAGACGCUGAGGACAAGGUUCCUGACGCUGAGGACAAGGUUCCUGACGCUGAGGACAAGGUUCUUGACGCUGAGGACAAGGUUUCUAAUGCUGAGAACAAGGUUCCAGACGCUGAGGACAAGGUUCCUGACGCUGAGGACAAGGUUCCUGACGCUGAGGACAAGGUUCCUGACGCUGAGGACAAGGUUUUUGACGCUGAGGACAAGGUUUCUAAUGCUGAGGACAAGGUUCCUGACGCUGAGGACAAGGUUCCUGACGCUGAGGACAAGGUUCCUGACGCUCAGCACAAGGUUCUUGACGCUGAGGACAAGGUUGCUGACGCGAGGACAAGGUUCCUGACGCAGAGGACAAGGUUGCUGACGCGAGAACAUGGUUCCUGACGCUAAGGACAAGGUUCCUGACGCUGAGGACAAGGUUCCUGACGCUGAGGACAAGGUGACAAGGUUCGAGAACAUGGUUCCUGACGCUAAGGACAAGGUUCCUGACGCUGAGGACAAGGUUCCUGACGCUGAGGACAAGGUACUCACUAAAUCUCGGCAAAAGACAAGAUAUGUUCGUAAUUUCAAAAGAUUCAAUGCCAAUAACUUUCUUAAUGAUCUUUCCCAGAUGCCCUGGGAAAAUGUGGCGCUUUAUGAUAACCCCUGACGCUCAGCACAAGGUUCUUGACGCUGAGGACAAGGUUGCUGACGCGAGGACAAGGUUCCUGGCGCAAAGACAAGGUUGCUGACGCGAGAACAUGGUUCCUGACGCUAAGGACAAGGUUCCUGACGCUGAGGACAAGGUGUCACUAAAUCUCGGCAAAAGACAAGAUAUGUUCGUAAUUUCAAAAGAUUCAAUGCCAAUAACUUUCUUAAUGAUCUUUCCCAGAUGCCCUGGGAAAAUGUGGCGCUUUAUGAUAACCCAAAUGUUUGUUGGCGGGUAUGGAGAUCCCUUUUCCUACACGUCCUUUAUUGGCAUGCGCCCCUAAGACUGAUGAGACUUAGAGGAAAUUCUAUUCCUUGGAUUUCCCCUGAUAUCAAAAAUCUGAUGGGGGUUAGGGACUCUUACAAGAAAAUGGCUGUUAAAAAUAAUUCCCAGAUUCACUGGGAAAAAUUCAAAGAAAUACGUAACAAAGUCAAUUCAGAACUAAAGCUAAAACAGUAUUUUUCUGUAACAAAUUUGAGAACUGCGCACAAUCGAAAGAUAUGAAACAUAGUUGGAAGUUAAUUAAUAUUCUCUUAGUUAAAAACAAAAAAUCAAAUAAUAUCUCUCAACUUAAAUGUGAUGAUGUUGUGAUUUUAGAUGAUACUUUGAAAGCUGAGGCGUUUAAUGACUUCUUUGUUAACAUCGGGGUAAAUUUGGCUAAUGAAAUUGAGAACGAUUCUCCAUGUACGAACUUUUCAGAUGAUGAAAAUUACCACUCUAUAUAG